AUGCAGAGACUGAUAGUGUUGCUACUGUUGCUGGCGCUAGAAACGGCGCGCCAUCGUACGGCAGGAAAUGUUCUAUUUCGAAAAUUUCUCAUUACAGCCGUCGAGCGGAACUGCGUGGUGCCGCUGAAGCCCGAUCUGUCCUAUCCAUCGCCGCUGAUUUUCACGCAGACCGGUGUACUGAUCUCGCCAGAGAACGAUAGCCGCGAGGCGGAUGUCAUAACGCUGGCAACGGGUGAAGAGGUGGUGUUCUCCUGCUCGCCCAACUAUUUCCGCGAGCUGUCCUCGGAGAAGGUGCUGUGGGGCCAGUGCAAGAAAGAUACGACAUUCGUGGUCAACGGGCAGGAUAAGAACUUCGUGUCAGCGCUCGCCUGUAAGGAGCGUCCGAUCGAGGAGAUCAUCGUGUCGGUGCGGGGUUGCCCGGCAACCCUACGCUCCAUCGAGUACGGAUUCACCAACCCGGUCAGCAACAAGUCGUACAUCCUUGGCGAGGCGUGCUACGACGCGAAGGUGGGCCGCACGCACUUCAUCCACACGAAGGUGCGCUCCGGCACAAACAGCAUCGAGCACCUGGCGCUCAAGGUAAAGGACAACGCGACCUACUUCCACGGCUACCACCCGACGCAGCGCUACAAGGUGGACCUCAGCAAGGCGCUCAACAUCAACGACCAGGUCGAGCGGUUCCGGGCCGUGUUCGGGGUGAAAAACGCACCGAAGAUCGAAUCCCGCCGGUACAUCGGCGAGUCGCUGCUCACCCACCGGCAGUACCUUUCAGUAUUAAAGAUGGCCUGGAACUACCAGAUUGUGAAGGAUCGCGACCUGCUGCUCAACUUCGACCGGCUGCUGGAGGACAUCCGUGCGCUCGAGGUGACCGAGGUAGAGAUCUUUACCGGCGCGCACGGUGUGCUGACCCUGCAGGACAAGCACAACCAGAGCGCCGAGGUGUACCUGGUGACGAACCGGUUCCCGGUGCCGAAGCUGCACUGGACGGUGGUGCGAUCGCAGGACAAAGCGACCGCGAUCGCCAUCUUCAACAAGCCGCAGCUGACGGAGCAGGAGCGCGAGCAGAACGCCUUCUGCACGAGCGUCUGCGAGCAGAUCUCGUGGCUCAAGAAGCUGCACGAGGCCGAUGCGUGGCAGAACGUUCGCGACGGGUACGUACUUUGCUGCGAGGUGGAAGACUUCCGCCGGACAGUCAAGGAGAUGCCACCGAUUGCCGGCAUCAAUGGUCUGUUCGUCUGAAGAUCCCCACACACACACACGCUAUCUGCGCGCGGCAUCAUCUCGAGCAAAUCCUAGCGUGUCGUCCAACAUUGCACACCAAUCUGAUCGCGAGCACUGAAACGGAGCCGGGAGUCGGCGAAUAGAACGAGAGAACGUGACAAAUGAUUGUGAGGAAAUGCGAACGAGAAAUACAGAAUUGCUCACCAAAGCAGGCAGUGCACACGCCGGUGGUAGCCACUGGAACUCGUUUGUUCCACUGCUGAUGCGUCCCGAUGCUGCUACUGUCUUUUCCCCAUUAAUACUGCUAGUGCACCUGCUAUUACUACUUCUGCAGCAGGCUCUAAAAACCGCUGAAUCUGAAGCUAGAAGCGUCGGCAUUGUGAUUUUAAUUUUUUUUUUUGUGUAAUGUUUUAAAUUAAAACCCCUAGCUCUUAGAAUGUAGUAUUUGUAUGAAAACGAAAAAAAAACACUGAUCGCGUAAUAAAAGUACAAUUCGUCUAGUGUGCUUGAAA